AGUGCUGGAGGCACUCCUGCUUUUCCUGGUGCUUGUGGGGCACAGAGCACAGGGAUUUACCCAGGGAGAUUCCUCAGGUUCAGAGGGAGAACCAGAAUUUAUCCAGUCCUUGCCAUGCACCCCUCGAGCUCCUGCCUGCUCCAGGCCAGGCCCUUUUUUCCAGCCAUCGAGCUCUUUGUGAAGGCUGGCAGUGAUGGGGAAAGUAUUGGGAACUGCCCGUUCUCUCAGCGCCUCUUUAUGAUCCUGUGGCUCAAAGGUGUCAUAUUUAAUGUCACAACCGUGGAUCUGAAAAGAAAACCUGCAGACCUGCAGAACCUGGCCCCGGGCACCAACCCCCCGUUCAUGACCUUUGAUGGGGAAGUGAAAACCGACGUCAACAAGAUCGAGGAAUUCUUGGAGGAAAAGCUGGCGCCGCCCCGGUAUCCCAAACUUGCACCGAAGCACCCUGAGUCGAACUCUGCAGGAAAUGACGUCUUUGCAAAAUUCUCUGCGUUUAUAAAGAACCCAAGAAAAGAUGCAAAUGAAAAUUUGGAAAAAUCUUUGCUUAAAGCCCUGAAGAAGCUGGACAACUAUUUAAAUAGCCCCUUGCCCGAUGAAAUUGAUGCUUACAGCACGGAGGAGAUCACUGUUUCCAGCCGGAAAUUCCUGGAUGGAGAUGAGCUCACUUUAGCAGAUUGCAACCUCCUACCAAAGCUCCACAUAAUCAAGGUUGUUGCAAAAAAAUACCGAAAUUUUCAUUUCCCACCCGAAAUGACAGGGAUUUCCAGAUACUUGAAAAACGCGUAUGCGAGAGAUGAAUUUACAAACACGUGCCCUGCUGACCAGGAGAUUGAAUAUGCAUAUUUGGAUGUGGCAAAAAGAAUGAAGUAACCAGAAGAUGCCUCUGUUUAUUGUUUCUGUGAUUGGCAACAGCCAAGCUGGGAAAGCAAAAACCAGCAGAGAUUCUGCGGUGUGAUUUUAAGU